AGUUUUCAAGUUGGGUGGGUGGGUGGGUGGGUAGGCCGCCCCACCCCCCCGGUGGUCACAUUUUUCACAAGUCUAAAUAUUACCCCGAAAAUUCGGCGGCGAUGGGUUCGAGCGACGGAGUGUACGAAGGAUUUGUGUAUCGAAUUUGCACAGGCGAGGAGUGGGAGGCAAUGCAGAAGAGCGGAAGCAGCUUUGGCCGUGAAGUCGACGCCGCCUCUGGCUAUAUACAUCUCAGCAUGCUCAAUCAGGUUGGAUCGACACUAGAGAAGUUCUUCAUGAAUUUUCGUAAGGACCUAUUCUUGCUGCAAAUUGAUGCUAAGAAGCUUGGAGACGGAUUGAUUUACGAAGCCGUUGAUGACACCAAUGUGUUUCCUCAUUUCUAUGGCCCUUCCCGUAGCUUUAGUCCUCUCCCACUUGAUGCCGUUGUGAAAUCUGAGCAGCUUGUCAUGUCUGAAGGGAAAUUCAGAUGCAGAACGUACUUUAUCAUGCACGGGAAGAUUGCACAGCUCCCACAAUCUGUCAUCCAAUCGUUAUCACUCCAGUUCCAGGGUCGUAUGUCGGAUGGACGAUUGAUACUUGAUUUCUUAUGUGAAAGCUUGAAUGCAAGUUACCUGAGUCCAUUCGUGGAAUCUGUGGGUGCAAAUUUCACGAAUGGGGUAAACUUUGCUAUGAGUGGUUCUUCUAUUAUUCCCACCUCUGAUUUUUUUAGCUUGCAAAACCAAGUGGCUCACUUUGGUAGAUUCAAACGCCGUUCCCUAGAUUUCUUCUCUGAAGAGGACAAAGAUUUACUAGGGAACGAGGAGUUUGAGAAUGGGCUGUAUCUGAUUGACAUAGGACAGAACGACCUUGCCACCGCAUUUGGUAUUCAUACAUAUGAUGAAGUUGUAAAGAGGAUUUCCGCUCUCAUUUCAGAAAUUGAAAACUCCAUGUGGGUCCUUUACCAACAAGGGGCCAGGAAGUUUUGGGUCCACAAUACAGGGCCUCUGGGUUGCUUGCCAGAAAUAUUGGCAAGCAGAAAGUAUUCAGCCAGUGAGCUUGACCAGUAUGGAUGUGUUGUCACUGUUAACAAAGGUGCACGCGCAUUCAACGACGAGCUCCUUCGCCUCUGCAACAAGCUCACCCGCGAAAUGAAGGAUGCCGUAAUAGUAUAUGUGGAUGUACACAACAUCAAAUACGACCUGAUUGCGAAUUCCUCCACCUAUGGUUUUGAGAAUGCCAUAACAGCAUGCUGUGGCUAUGGUGGGGGGCAAUACAACUUCAACUACACCACCCUAUGUGGCGUGCCGGGGUUUGAAGUGUGCGAGAAGAGAUCAGAACACGUAAACUGGGACGGCUUUCACUACACCGAAGCGGCUAACAAGUUUGUUGCCACUCAAAUACUUUCCACUCGCUACUCCUCCCCUCAGCUGGCGCUCGCUGAUGUUUUACUCUCUUCCAUUGCUGCUCCCGCACCCGCGCCUGCUUGAAAAAGUUGAAAAAUGCCCUUUGACAAUUGUAUCAAGUAAUGCUCCCAAUUUUUAAUUUCAAUGCUGGUGCAUCACUCAAAGUUUGGUUCACUUAGGUGAUAUACUCCGUAUUAAGUUUCUACUUCAUCCUAUGAAUAACUUGACUUCUUUUUU